UCCGUUCUCUAUGUAAAUGUCUCAAGCAUGUUAGUGAAAACACACACACAGGAUAAAUACAUAAACAUAUAAACACCUUCCAUACUGAAUCAAUGAUUAGCACAAAACACAUGGCUAACUUGAAAUUUUGGCUGUGCUUGUUCCUGAUCUGUGUUUCGUUCUCGGGGUCAUCAGCUCGGCCAAUGCAGCAGCUGUUUGCAAACUCAGAGGAAAAUCAACCAGGGUGUAUGAUGAGAGAAGCUGCAAAAGUAUUGAAGGCUAACAUGGAGAACCUAAUAGAGAGAGCCUUUAACGAGUCCAAGAGACUUAGUCCUGGAGGUCCUGAUCCUCGUCAUCACUAAGUACUACUCUCGUCUAUAUAAAUCUGCAGGCAGUGCCGGCAAUGAACACAUUCAUGUAAUGCAUUUGAAUGGGGUUCUG